ACUUGCCGAUGAGUGAAAUAGAUGCACCCUGACCCUUGGGAGUAGCCAUGCUUUUGUCGAUGGGCAAGUCAGAUUCACAUCUGCAGGCCGGGUAAUCUUCGGCGAUAGUGAUUACAUAACUGCCAAGCCGCAGCUCAUUUGGCCGGAGAGAAGUUCAACACAGCGCAAGCUUUGGCAAUCUAGCAAUUGCAUCCCUCCCACGCCUCAGUCCAUCAUGAGCUCCCUUCGCAUUGCCAGAGCCGCCCUCCGCGCAAGGCCUGCUGCCAUCUGCCGCCCGCUUCAGCGAAGGGGCUACGCCGACGUCGCAUCUGACAAGAUCAAGCUCUCCCUCGCUCUCCCGCACCAGUCUAUCUACAAGUCGCAAGACGUCGUCCAAGUUAACAUUCCCGCCGAGACGGGAGAGAUGGGUGUCCUGGCAAACCAUGUCCCGUCCAUCGAACAACUGAAGCCCGGCUUGGUCGAGAUCAUUGAAGAGAGCGGCGGCAGCAAGCAGUUCUUCCUCUCGGGAGGAUUCGCUGUCGUUCAGCCUGGCUCCCAACUCAGCAUCAAUGCAGUUGAGGGGUUUCCACUGGAGGAUUUCAGCGCAGAGGCCGUCAGGAACCAGAUCACCGAGGCCCAGAAGAUUGCCAGUGGCAGCGGAAGCGAGCAGGACAUUGCUGAGGCCAAGAUCGAGCUUGAGGUCUUGGAGAGCCUGCAGGCAGCGUUGAAGUAAUUAUGUAAAUAGACUUUCCUUCCAAGGAUAGGACUGCGACAUGUGUACAGUACCUGGUGCAGAGGCGUAGUUUCCUUCUGCAGAGACCAAAACAUAGAAGUGGCUUGUCGAGCCAUCAAAACACUUCAACAGCUCCGGCUUCUA